AGAUCAGCUGUAUCUGGUAGCUACGAAGACCUGCUCGGUGGUGAUGGGGGACGGGUCGGUGAUACCACAGUCUCAUUUGUGACAGUAUUGCUGUCUGCCUGCCAUGUUCAGAGGGUCGAUUCUUGGCUGAUGGCCAUGAAAUCAACAACUAUGGACGAUCUCGUUGAACGCCGUCCUUGAAGGCGCGAAAAAUUGCUAUACCUUCCUUUGGGAGACACUACUGACAUGAAGCAACAUUCUUGCUGGCUCGUCCUCAUUCAUCGCUCACAGCACUCUCCGCAGAAUGCUGUCAGAUUCAGGUCGAGCAGUUCUGACGCUGAUCCUGACCGCCAGCGUCAACGCCGCACUACCACCUGACACCCCUUGGCAUGCUCGUCAGGAUGCAAACACAGAGACUCUGGUCCCGACGAUCACUGUACAAUCUGCAGUCGCUUCAUCCUCUGAUAUCGUUAGCACCAGCCGCUUGGUUCCAAUCGCUACACCUAUUCCGCUGGCCGACAAGAUGGGCCUGAUCAUGCCGGACCCUUGGCACCCUGUCUAUGCUGGCCUGAAUUAUUCGUUCGGAUUCGUUGAUCCUACUCCGAAGCCUGCACCGACGAUUGGAGGAUGGAUCAGGCAGAUUCAGCCACUGCUCAUCUUGCCCAACUACAGGGUGAAUAUUUUCCCCUCGAGUGGACAGAGCAAUCCCGAAGUGGCUAGUGCUGUGCCUCUCGGUAGCGAUGGUCUAUGCGGGGCAACUGUCAUAAACUACGCGACGUCCUAUCCAUUUGUCUUUCAAGAAUCAGGCUGGUAUAUGUUCGUCAUCAAUCAAACUUGGCUGCAACCUACCAUUUCCGAAAAUACUUGUCGGAAACCACUCAUCUCUGAAAAGUCCUUCUUCGCCUGGCAAUCCCUCUCAGUGGCUCCCUUACCUACGUCGACGCCCCUGCCCUCCCCCAGCACAAGGACCAUAUACAAUAAUGUCGUUACCAAUACGCCUGGUCAAUUGCCUUUCGAGAGGACAGUAGAGACGGAUAGACAUAAACUCGCAAUCGGUAUCGGCGUCACUGUCGCUGUGCUCGCUCUUAUCGGAAUGGGCGCAGUUAUAUACUUUGCACAGCGUAGAGCAAAGAUGAGGCGGGAGAGCUUGGCUUUCUCUCGUUUGUCCGAACGAGACAAGCAAGAUUUCCUGGCUGAGAACCCCGACUCAUGGCUGAACCCCAAUCGAAAUAUCCGCCAGAAUCGUGGAGGCCCACCCGCUCCUCCAGGUACUUGGGCAUACGAGAAUUGGUAUUGGCAACAGAUGUGGAACCGGCAGCAUGCUCCAUGGCGUUGGGGCGGUCAAAGCAGUGGUGCUGGAGCUGAGCCCGCCCACCUGCAGCCAAUGACGAUGGUGCAACAUGGAUACCCAACAUAUCAAGGAUAUCAUGGAGGGUAUCAGUACAACGGUGUCCCCCAGCAGCCUGUAUAUCGCUAGGUGUCCACAGUAUGUAUGUUUUGAUCUUGCC